AACAAUGUCGUCAGAACAAUCUUCAAAACAAACAAUGUCGGAACCAGAUCCAAAACAAACAUCGACCGAACAAGAUCCAAAACAAACAAUGCCAGAACAAGAUCAAACCUUGAAAAACAGAAGGUCGGGCCUCUUUCCCAAGGAUCGUGCUUCAAGUCCGGAUAUGACAAAACAAUGGGGACCGGCUGAAGAAGUUCUGCUGAAACAUUUAAAGGACGCGAAUGUGAAAACAAUUGUUCUCACUGGAGAAGCUGGAGUAGGCAAAACAAGGAUGGCCAACGAGAUCAACAAUUGGGCAUUGCAAGAGGACGGCUUUUGCUUGGGGACUCUAUGGGUGUUUCCGAGUCCAGGAGAUAAACACAAUUGGAAGUCAUGUUGGUUGAGCAUUGCCCAUCAGUUAUCUAUAGUUUCUACCACCGAGGAGUGGGAAGAUCAUAGUACUGUCGAUGAAAACAUUACUGUUGAUGGUGAAAAGAAGGAAUCGGAAGAGACUGAGAAGUUGAGGGAUGAUAGUAUUAUCGAUGAAAAGGUGGAAAAAGAGGACAGCAUGAAGAAGAAGAUAUCUGUUAAGCUUGAGAAAAUGAUUGAUGAGGAAAAAAAACGUAAAGAGACAAAGGAAAAGAAUGAAAUGUGGUUACUAAUCCUAGAUGGUGUUCCUGAAGAGAAGGAUGAAAAUGAAAUGAUGAAGAAUUUGAACGGCCUUCUGCCUGAAAAGAAAGGUGUGUUUAAGUUUUUAAUCACUACAACAAAAAAAGUGAUUGAGACUGAGAGUGACAAGAAAGUUUUUAAGAUUGAACCCAUGUCUGAGGAUGAUUCUUUGUCCCUAUUGAAUGAGAAAGUCAAGGGAAAGGUUCGAGACCAUCCAGAUUUUGAAACAAUAUCUAAAGAAAUUGCUAAAAGGAGCAAGGGUCGACUGCCAGCUGUAAUCCUUAUGAUGGCAGAAGCCUUAAAUCAUAUUAAAGAAGAUGAUUUUGAUUCGGGAGUUCGGAUGUUGAAAGGUGCUCUGGAAGAACCCGAGGGUGUAAAUCCACUACUGGGCUAUGUGUAUGACAUGUUGGCUUGCACUGAUAUGGCUUUGAUCAAUUGUUGUUGGCAAAGUAAGCAAUUAUUUCAAAAUUUUGGAGGCAUCAAUUAUGAGGAGUUGAUAGCUUGCUGGAUACUCGAAGGAUAUGUAGGUGUUAAUGAUCAGUUUGACAAGGCAUAUGAAGAGGGACAUUGUGUUUUGAUGGAGCUUAUAAAUCGUUGUAUACUGAAAUUACGGGAAGACGGUCUUGUUACCAUGGAAGGACUAGCACUUACUGUUCCUGAUGAGUAUUGCCAUGGUUGCCGCACAUCAAGCUUGGGAUUGGCUAGUGUUCCCGAUGAUCAUUGCCAUGGACGUGGGACAUCGAGACUGGGAUUGGCUAGGAUUCUUGAGUAUGGAAAGGAGCUUGGCAUUGGGAGAGUUGCAUCAGGGGAAGGCAUGAUAAAAACUCCAUACGGUCCUAAAAAUUGGAACAAAGUUUGCACCCUCAUGAUAGAUGGAAGUCGUCUUUCCGGGGAAGUCCUAGACACAAUGUUUCUUCAGCACAUGGAGGAACUUAAAGUUCUUGCCAUUUUCAAUCCCAGAUUCAAGUCACUACCCUCGUUUUUGUUUCCAAAAACAAAAACCGAUGAACCGUCUUCAAAACCAAAAACUGAUGAUCCAAUUCCAAAACCAAAAACCGAUGAUCCAAUUCCAAAAACUGGUCUUCGCUUGCUUGUUCUCAGGGGCUGUGAUCAAUUGGAUAACAUUGAUCAAAUCAAAAACCUUAAAGAUUUAAUCGUUCUUGAAAUAUCUGGUGCUAGCUCCUUGAAGGAAAUUCCAGAUGAUUUUUUCCAAAACAUGAAACAACUUGAAAGCCUCAACCUCUCUGCAGUCCCAGUUCAAUCAUUGCCUUCUUCACUUUCCAAGCUAACUAAACUACGUCGUCUCAUCCUCAAAGGGUGUUCUGAAUUGGAAGAACUACCAAACAUUAAAGCAUUUACCGACCUUGAGGUAGUUGAUCUUUCUGGUUCUACCUCUUUGAAAAAAAUUAAAGACAAAUGCUUAAAACAACUUCAGAAACUUCAAAUGCUUGACCUUUCCCAUACCCAAAUUAACCAUUUGCCCAUUUUGAAAGAUCUUAAAGCACUCACUCGGCUCAUAUUAAAAAACUGCAAAUCCAUAACCCGAUUGUCCAGAUUUGAGUUAUUAUCUUCUCUCCAUAAUCUGGGUCUUUCUGGUUCUACUAUACUAAAGCAAAUCCAUGAUGAUUCCUUUAAGAAAAAAGAUGGCCUCAAAGUCCUUGAUUUAUCUGAAUCUGGAAUUUGUAGUUUACCUUCCAGUUUUACACACCUUCCUGCUCUUGAGUCACUUGAUCUUUCUGGUGUCUCUAAUUUGGUCAAAAUCCCACCAAAUACCUUUGUAGAUAUGGCGUGUCUUCGUAGUCUCAACCUCUCAAACACUAAAAUUGAAGAACUGCCAUCCAUUUCCAAACUUGGGAACCUUCGUCAGCUCCUUCUAAGUAAUUGCCCAUUGAAAAAAUUGCCAGAAACGAGAGGGCUUACUAGACUUGAGAAACUUGAUCUUUCUAAUGCCUCUAGUCUGGUUAAAUUCGAAGACGAGUCCUUUGACCAUUUGACUAACCUCUGCUAUCUCAACUUCUCAAACACCCAAAUUAAAAGUCUACCAUCUAUAGCCAACGUCAAAAAGCUUUGCCAACUUUUGCUACAAAAUUGUGAACACUUGUCUGAGUUGCCAUCCUUGGAUGCCCUUGAACAACUGGAGGAGCUUGAUCUAUCAGUAAAAGAAACAGAAAAUAAAUCCUCUCAAUCUUCUCGAGAACCUUUGGCAGAGCCUUUGAAAGAAACUGAGACCAAGUCACCAGUAAAAGAAACGGAAAAGAAACCUUCUGGUUCUUCUGGACCUUCGACAGAGCCUUUGAAAGAAACUGAGGCUAAAUCACCAGUAAAAGAAAUGGAAAAGAAACCUUCCGAGUCUGCUGGAGAACCUUCGGUAGAGCCUUUGAAAGAAACUGAGGCUAAAUCACCAAUAAAAGAAACAGAAAAGAAACCUUCUGAGUCCUCUGGAGAACCUUCGGCACCAGUAAAAGCAACAGAAAAGAAGCCCUCUGAGUCUUCUGGAGAACCUUCGGCAGAGCAAUUGAAAGAAACCGAAGCUGCUAAAUCAUCAGUAAAAGAAACUGAAAAGAAAUCCUCUGAGACUUCUAGAGAACCUUCGAAAGAAACUGAAGCUAAAUUACCAACAAAAGAGACAGAAAAGAAAUCCUCUGGGUCUUAUGGAGAUCCUUUGGCAGAGCCUUUGAAAGAAGCAAAAUUGGAGAAGAUGGUCCACCUUAGGCUGCUCAACCUAUCAGGAACAAAACUUAAGAUUAAGAUACCUCUAAUGUCCAACCUCACCAGCCUCACCAACCUUACCGAGCUUUGCCUUGGAGGUUGUAAACUUUCAAAUACUGAUCCAAGUCUGAAAACGUAUACAAAGCUAAAGCUUUUGGAUCUUUCAAAGACAGAUAUUCAAUCUUUACCAUCACUUGAGAAUCUCACCGAUCUCCGUGGUCUGAAGUUAAGAGGUUGUACAAAAUUACAGCAACUACCAAAUCUGAAGUCACUUAAAGAUUUGGAGUCUCUUGAUUUACAAGAGACUGGGGUCAAAGAAUUUCCCUAUUGGAUCUCAGAGUUGACUCAUUUGAAGCACCUUGAUUUACCAGACUUAAAGGAUCUUCAAACACUUGACUGGGGGAUGAUAAAGAACUUACCAGAGGAGCUAAACUGGGAUCAUUGUGGCAUCUUCAAGUUCAAUGAAAAGAGGCCUUGCAUGUCAUUGAGUGGCACUCAAUUUUUCCAAUAUUUGAAGGAAAAUUCUGAGUUAUGGAAGACCUAUUUCAAAGAAUUUAAAUUCUCUGUUUGUGCUCUUACGAAGGAAGGAAAAGUUUCUAGGAUAGAAAAGAAGAAAGACAAAGCUUCCAUCCAACAAAAGAAGGAAGACAAAGGUUCCAUCCAAGAAAAGAAGGAAAACAAAGUUUCGAGCCCAGAAAAUAAGGAUGACAAAGCUUCUAGCCGAGAAAAGAAGGAAGACAAAGCUUCUAGCCGAGAAAAGAAGCAAGACAAAUCUUCUAGCCAAGAAAAGAAGGAAGACAAAGCUUCAGGGCAAGAAAAGAAGGAAAACAAAGCUUCAGAAAAAGAAAAGAAGGAUGACAAAACUUCUAGCGAAGAAAAAAAGAAGGAAGACAAAACUUCUAGCGCAGAAAAGAAGGAAGACAAAGCUUCCUGUAAAGAAAAGAAGGAAGACAAAAGUAGAGAUAUCUGUUGGCAUAGAGUUGACUCGAACUUCAGAAAAAUCUACUUCCAAACUCAUUCUUUUCCUGAAAAUAUUAGUAAGUAUUUGGAAAUCAUUGGAUUUGACGAGUAUCCUGGUGGUGUUGAGGAUGUGCUCAUGAAAGCCGAAAAUGUGUCUUUGAUUGAAAAUGACUUCGUCAAAAGCUUAUCAAAUUUAGGUGUGGGAAAUUUGAAAGCAAUGAAGGGCUGCUGGUUGGAGAGGUGUAACGAAAUGGAGACAAUAUUUUGCAGAGAAGAGGCAGAAGUUGAAAUGCAGAGAAAUCUAAACAUUCUGUGGGCAUCAAACCUUCCUGAAUUGGAGAGUGUGUACAGUGGGGAAAUGCAACAUGGGAGUCUCCUAAAUCUAACAGAACUGUAUUUAGAUUGUUGUCCGAUGCUUGAAGUUGUUUUUCCCUCUUCUCAGCUGCCAGAAAAUCUUAAAAUCCUUGAAGUCAAAUUCUGUGAUGAAUUGAAGACUCUGUUUAUGCCCACUAAAGUAGAAGAAUAUGAACAGCGCAAUUUACAGAAGCUUCAUCUGGUGGAACUGCCUAAGUUGACUAGCAUAGGGGUGCUAGAGGGAAGCAACAAUAAGAAAAGAUUCCCAUCCUUGAAAGUAAUCAAAGUCAGGGAAUGCCCGAAUCUGCAGCAGUACUUUGGAACAGUUCUGGAGUUGGGAGGAUCUGUGGAAAAUUCUAAGAUUGAAGAGUAUUGAUUGCAGUGCCAUCUCUACGUGGCUUUUGGAAGGGUGGGAUUUGCAGCAAGUUUGAGAAGCGACAUCCUGGUGUGUGUGUGUGUGAUAGGCAAGGUCUCUCAAUAGUUACCAUCUGCAUUUUGCCGCUAACAGGGUUCUAGGGAGGAGUCUCAAAAUUUACUAGUGAUUCUAAUAGAAACCUUGAAGCCAAGAACAAUCAAAGCAUCCUUAAGAUAUUGGGGAGUAGCAAGCUUAUUGAGCUGUCGUUGGUGUUUGUGUGGGUGUGUGAUAGGAGCUUAGUGCUAAUGUCAAUAAAUGUUACAUGUUGAAGUUUGAGUAACUUAUAAAAUUUGUAUUUGAGGAACUUCUACUUGUGGUAUGGAGUCUUGAAAAGAGUUUGGAUUUAUUCGCUUAGCUAUUAAAAUUAUUUGAGAUGAACAGUUAUUUGUAAUAAUAUUUGGUUUGGAUCAUUUCUAGGAGCAUGU